CAAGAGUCAAGCCAAGAGUCAAAGUUGUUGCUGUUGCUGUCGCUGUCGCUGUCACUGUCGCUGCCACUGUCGCUGUUGUCGCCUUAACCAACGUCAAUGUCCGCCUUCAGUUGCAUUUUGCCAGCGGUUUCGUGACAAAGCUCCACGCGGUUUGCACCACUCCCGUAGCCACAUUUUCCGCACAAACAUAAGUAGUUUUGUUUGUUUUGUUUUUUUGUUUUUUUUUUGAGUGAGUGAUCGAUCAAGGAAAUUAACUAUUAAGCAGAACCCAUACUAAAGAAGAUGGGCCAAGAGGAUCAGGAGUUGUUGAUACGCGGAGGUAGCAAGAAUACCUCUGCCGAACACUUAAACAACCAGGGGGACGGCGGCGGAGGUUCCUCGCAGAGCUGCAUUAGCCAGGGAUUUGGCCAGACCAAGAACUACGGCACCCUAAGGCCACCAACGCCGCCGGAUGGUUCGGUCAGCGGGCAACAGCCGGAGAAUCUCACCUAUGCCUGGCACAAUCUGGACAUCUUCGGGGCCGUCAAUCAGCCCGGCUCCGGCUGGCGACAGUUGGUCAAUCGGACGCGAGGACUCUUCUGCAACGAGCGACACAUCCCAGCGCCACGGAAGCAUCUGCUGAAGAAUGUCUGCGGCGUGGCCUAUCCGGGAGAACUGCUGGCCGUAAUGGGCAGCUCCGGGGCCGGCAAGACAACGCUCCUGAAUGCCCUGGCCUUCCGAUCACCGCAGGGUAUCCAAGUGUCGCCGUCGGGUAUGCGGAUGCUGAAUGGCCAACCCGUGGAUGCCAAGGAGAUGCAGGCCCGUUGCGCCUAUGUCCAGCAGGACGAUCUCUUCAUUGGCUCGCUGACGGCCCGCGAGCAUCUCAUCUUCCAGGCCAUGGUGCGGAUGCCGCGGCAGCUCAGCUACCGACAGCGGGUGGCCCGCGUGGACCAGGUCAUUCAGGAGCUAUCGCUCAGCAAAUGCCAGAACACGAUCAUUGGGGUGCCCGGUCGGGUCAAGGGGCUGUCGGGGGGCGAGCGCAAGCGCCUGGCCUUCGCCUCGGAGGCUCUGACCGAUCCACCGCUCCUCAUCUGCGAUGAGCCCACCUCCGGCCUGGACUCCUUCACCGCUCACAGUGUCGUCCAGGUGCUGAAGAAGCUGUCGCAGAAGGGCAAGACCGUUAUACUGACCAUACAUCAGCCCUCGUCGGAGCUCUUCGAGCUUUUCGACAAGAUCCUGCUAAUGGCCGAGGGUCGGGUGGCCUUCCUCGGGACACCCAGCGAGGCCGUGGACUUCUUCUCCUAUGUUGGGGCCCAGUGUCCGACUAAUUACAAUCCGGCGGACUUCUACGUUCAGGUCCUGGCCGUUGUUCCAGGCCGUGAGGCUGAGUCCAGAGAGAGGAUUGCCAAGAUAUGCGAUAACUUUGCCGUCAGCAAAGUGGCCCGGGAAAUGGAGCAGCUGCUGGCCACCAAGAAUCUCGAGCAGCCCCUGGAGCAGCCCGAAAAUGGUUAUACGUACAAGGCCACCUGGUUUAUGCAGUUCCGGGCAGUGCUCUGGCGUUCCUGGCUAUCCGUGCUGAAGGAACCGUUGCUGGUCAAAGUACGACUCAUUCAGACAACGAUGGUGGCCAUCCUGAUUGGCCUGAUCUUUCUGGGCCAGCAGCUUACGCAGGUGGGCGUAAUGAACAUCAAUGGGGCCAUCUUCCUGUUCCUCACCAACAUGACCUUCCAGAAUGUUUUCGCCACUAUCAAUGUUUUCACAUCGGAGCUGCCGGUAUUUAUGAGAGAAGCCCGAAGUCGUCUGUACAGAUGUGACACGUACUUCUUGGGAAAGACCAUAGCAGAGCUGCCGUUGUUCCUCACCGUUCCCUUGGUAUUCACUGCAAUUGCCUAUCCAAUGAUUGGACUCAGGCCGGGAGUGAUGCACUUCUUCAACUGCCUGGCACUGGUCACAUUGGUGGCCAAUGUGUCGACAUCGUUCGGAUAUCUGAUAUCCUGUGCCAGCUCCUCCACCUCGAUGGCCCUGUCGGUGGGCCCACCCGUCAUUAUCCCGUUCCUGCUGUUCGGUGGGUUCUUUUUGAAUUCCGGGUCGGUGCCCGUCUAUCUGAAGUGGCUGUCGUAUCUGUCCUGGUUCCGGUACGCCAACGAGGGGCUGCUCAUCAACCAGUGGGCGGAUGUGGAGGCAGGUGAAAUCAGUUGCACCUCCUCGAACACGACGUGCCCCAGCUCCGGCAAGGUCAUCCUAGAGACCCUAAACUUCUCGGCUGAGGAUUUGCCCCUGGAUUACGUGGGACUGGGCAUCUUAAUUGUUAGCUUUAGGGUAUUGGCUUAUCUGGCACUGAGACUCAGGGCCAGACGCAAGGAGUAGAGUCUGCCGAAGAUCAAUCAUAGUUAAUGCGGUUUUUUGUAUGAGUACUCGUACGUGUCGUGUGUGUAAUUAUUAUUAUUAUAAUUAUUAUUGUGUCUAUUGUUUGGCUUCCGCCCCAACCACCACCCCACAAAACAACUACAUUUACUGUUACUAAGCUUGAAAUGCUUGAGAAUAAAACAUGCUUUUUUACUUCAAAACAAAUUUUACUUGUAAUAGCUCGGACACAAGCUCUUCAACAUUCACAAAUCAACAUUCAAACGGCGCGCUCAAUUUAAACACACCACAGACCCUAAAGUUCACCAAACGUGGCAAACUCAACAUUAGUAGCUUGGAAACAUGAAAGCGUGCAAGUGAACAGACGAAACUCACCACCGCACUGGGGCGCUCUCACUAUCUUGCGCUCACGUCAUUCUACUCUCUCAGACAUUGAAGAGGCUCGCUUUGGUUCUGUUCGUGAGUGUUGAUUGGUGGUUCCUCUAACGGAUCCCAAACUGAGACCUAUAAACGUAUAUCCAGUGACGAAAAUCGGUAAUAUAUAGAAGAUAGGAAAUUUUUGUUUUGUUUGAGCGAACUAGUUCGCAACGGAGCAGCACUAUUGGUGUUUACGCUCUCUGUCUGCUGCUGCUCUCAUUCAUUCUCUCUCUUUCUGACGCCCGCGCUGACUAUUGAUGACCUUAUGUGCGCCGUUCGUUCGUUGCUCACAGAGAGUAAUUCCGUUUUACAUUGUUGGCCGCCGCUGAGCGGAUUUUAUUUGGUGUAUUUUUUGUUUGCAAAAUGUAUGUAAGUGUCUAUGUAUAUGCAUGCAUGCGUAAGCAGCAAAUAACCAGAAGGUGGAAAGAGAACUACGCUACUAACAGAGCCAUUAGUAGACGGCGUCGCACAAUUAAAUUGAUUUUUCACCGGUCACCUAACCUCAAAAGCCCCUGCCGGUAAAAGGGGGGGUUCGGAGGCACAGCUGUUGCAUACAACAAAACAACAAAACACAACCGAAUAACGUGGA